CUCAGUUGGGAUGGAGACUUUUGAGUACUGAACAUUUGUUUAGGUUUCAACCGGCCGGUAGAACAGAAGAAGAAGAAAAAACCACGAAGUUCCCUUGUUUCCGUAUUAACGAAGAAAUAAAUAAAGUAAACAAUUACAGAGGAGAAUUUUCGUUUCCAUCGAUCGAUCGAAUUCCCAUUCUUCGCGUUCUUCCUCAAAGAAGUUUUCAGCCCUCACCACUCGUCUGGUCGAGGCUUGUCUCGUCAAUUUAAUACUGGUGGACAUCUCCUUCAAAGCCAACCAUGGCUGCUCCGGCGACGUCGGCGGCGGCCGCUAAUGUUAUGCUGGCGAUCCACGAGAAGAAAACGGUGGCCGUCGAGAUCUACCGCCCUCUUAGACAGUACAUCGCUUACACCUACUCCGAGCGCGAAGCGCAGAACUUGGAAGAUGACCUUGAAUCGGUGAAACAAAUGAGGGCCAAUCUCGAACGCCCCUCAGACACCCCCGAUGUCCGCCGGGACCUUCUCCAGAGUUACUACAAAGCCCUCUGUGUCAUGGAGUCUAGGUUCCCAAUCUCUCCUGACAAGGACCAUAUCAACACCAUCACCUUCAUUUGGUACGAUGCGUUCAAGCCGAAACAUAAGGCGUCGCAGCAGAACAUUCACUUAGAGAAGGCUGCAGUGCUCUUCAAUCUCGGCGCUGUCCAUAGCCAGGUUGCCCUCUCAGCUGAUCGAUCCUCCGGUUCCGGUCGUGUGCAGGCUUCUCACUCCUUUAUGGCUUCGGCUGGGGCGUUUGCCUUUCUCAGGGAUAACGCAUCGAUGAAGGCUUCAAUUGGCCAAUCGACUACGCUGGAUAUCUCUGUUGAGUGUGCUGGGAUGCUCGAGAGGUUGAUGCUUGCACAAGCGCAGGAGUGCGUCUUCGAGAAAGUCAUCGCCGAAGGAAAAUCAGCUGGGCUUUGCGCCAAGAUUGCAAGGCAGGUUGCCUUGUACUACGAGGAAGCUUUUGCAGCAUUAAAUGCUGCUCCUCUCAACCAGCAUUUCGACCGGACCUGGAUAUCUCAUGUGCAAGUGAAGGCAGCCCAGUUAUAUGCUGAAGCUUGCUACAGAUAUGGUCUGGAAAUGCAUGAGAAAGAAGAAAUUGCAGAGGAAAUUGCACGGUUGAAGAAUGGGAUUAGCACUUUGGCUGAUGCAAAGAAAUCAAUGAAAGGUGUUGCACCACAACUUGUAGAUGCAGUUACUAGACUAGAAACUAAUUUAAACCGCAAUUUGGAGAUAGCUACAAAGGAGAAUGAUAGAGUUUAUCUUAUGAGAGUCCCUGCAGCAAAUACCUUACCACCUCUUCAAGCAGCUUCACUAGUCAAGUCCACACCAAUGAAUGAUAUUCUGGAUGCAAGCAAAGAGAAGAUGUUUUCAAGUCUUGUUCCUGAUAACAGUGCAAAGGCUCUUUCUAGAUAUACCGAAAUGGUUGAUGACGUCAUCAGGACACAAGCUGAGAAAUUGCAGCAAGGAAGUGAGAUAACCCGUGUGAAGCUGAAGGAAAUGGACUUACCUGAUUCGAUUCUUGCACUGGAAGGGAAUUUUACACUACCAAGGGAUCUUAAAGAAGAUGUAGAAGCAGUGCAGAUCAGUGGGGGCCCAUCUGGUUUGGAAGUUGAGUUGCAGCAGCUUAGGGAUUUGAGAAGGGUGAACCAAGAAUUACUGGUCCAAACAGAAGAACUUUUGCAGCAAGAAGCAAGAGAGGAUGCUCAGUUUCGAAGUCAAUUUGGGACUCGAUGGACUAGGCCUCAGUCCAGUACUCUAACCAAGAACCUUCAAGAUAGGUUGAGCAGGUUUGCUGGAAACCUGAAGCAAGCUGCUGACAGUGAUGCACGAAUAGAGCGUUCUGUGAAAGAUCAUUCAGCUCUUAUGUCCAUCCUUGACAGACGACCGAUAGAAUCUGCAUUUCCAACUCUUGCAAGGCCAAUUAUGUCUUUGGAUGCAAAUGAAGAUGCAAUUGUGGGAGCAUUGAAGCAGAGCUUGAGGCAAUUGGAGAGCCUUGGUGCACAUCGAGCAGGACUUGAGGACAUGCUUAAGGAGAUGAAAAGGAAGGAUGACAUACUGCCCAAACUGAUGACAUCUACAGGUUCAUAUGAGGAUCUUUUCAAGAAGGAGAUAUCAAAAUAUGAUAGUAUCUGUGAAGAAAUUGCCCAAAAUAUUGAAGCACAAGAACAAUUAUUGCUUCAGAUCCAGGCCCAAAAUGAUGAAUUUUCUGCUGUCUUUAAUCUUGAAGACUACAAAGCAUCUCGUGAGAAGACAUAUAAACAGAUUGCAGCUGCCAUAACAAAGUACCGGGAAAUCAAGGAUAACAUUAACGAAGGACUGAAGUUUUAUGUUACCCUUCAGGAUGCAAUCACAAACAUAAAGCAGCAGUGCAGUGAUUUUGUGAUGACUAGAAAUAUCCAGUGCCGAGAAAUGAUCGAAGAUGUACAGAGGCAAUUGGCUGGUCUUAGCUUCCAGGAUGGCAAGAGUGGCAGUGGCUAUAACAGCAACUACCCUUCAGUUGGGCAACAAUACCCAACUCAGAGAAAUCAGCAGCAGCCAGAUCCUCAGGUUCCCUCAUAUCCUUCACGUCCCCAGACCCCUUAUUACCAGACAAUGGAGCAGCCACCGGUGGCCGCUGGAUAUGCUCACCCUCGCCCCCCAUAUACCUCCCCACAGCAGCCUGUACAACUACCUUAUCACAUCCCAGCAGCUGCUAAUCCUUACCCACCUCAACAGCCUCAGCAGCAGCAGCAGCCAGUUGAGUAUGGGCAACCUGCAUAUCCGGGGUGGCGGGGCCCAUACUACAAUGCCCAUCCACAACAACCUGGAGCACAUCCUCCACCACCAUACACCAUUCCAGGUCCUUACCCUCCCCCUCAUCAAAGUGGCUACUACAAGCCCCAGUGAUACAGCGUCUUUCCUUUUGGUUUGAUUUGGUUGUUUGCUGUAUGUUACAAUUGUCGCAUCUUUGGUAAAUGGGACUGAUUCAGCUGGUGGCUCCCAAAUUUACAGUAUUGGAAGCUCCUUUCAUGUAUUGCUGCAGGUCGGCCUAGACGCCCGAGCUUUUUUUUUUUUUUUAUGUACAUGUUGCCGCAACUCAUCUUUAAUGACACGUGCAUAUGCGUGUAUAGAUUUAGCAGGAUAUGUUGGUUUAUAACAAUUAUAUUAUUAACCGAGGUGGUUGUACCAGUUUUUCAUACUAAACUAGAAUUUCGACCUCUAAUAAAUGGUGAGGUAAUUCAUUGCUC